AUGACACUGCCUAACUCUACGAUACAAAAUAAUUCUUUCAUGAACCUUGAAGCUGAUUUCAAUUUGGCGCAAAAUCAAAUUUUUAGAAGUGAUCUCACGAUAAACAAUGAAUAUGAAAUUGAACUUAAUUUGCAGAACCAAAAUUUCAGUUCAGAAAAUGAAAUGUAUGAUUUGCUAUUAGAGGUCCGCAAGCAUCAAGCAAUUAUCAGUUUAACAAAUGAUGAGUCGCAAGAAGAUAUUGAUAACCAGACUUUUAGUUUGGAUAAUGAAAUAAAUAGUUCACAAAAUAUCUCAGAUAAUGAAGAAUCACAUGAAAAUCCCUUACGAUUAUAUCGUGGCCUUAAAUUUGAUAUAUGGGAUGAAGUAGAGAAAUUUGUUAAAUCCUAUGCAUUUUGCUAUACACAAACCCGGUUUACUGCCAGCAUUCAAAGUACUCAAUGUGUAGAAAGUAUGAAUACAAUUAUUAAAAAGGAAGUUUCACAUAGUUCAACUUUGUUAUAUCUGGUUGAUGCUAUACAAAAUCAUUUAAAUGAAGAACAACUUUCCAAAUAUUUCCUGUAUGAUGCUACUGAAAUUUUUUACAACUGGGAUCAGUGUCUACAAGAACCAGAAAAUAUUGUUGAGAAUGGGUGUCUCAAAGAUGAUUAUGAACGGCAUCAAAUAGAUCUUAAGUCAUUAUUACAAAUUUUAGAACAUGAUGAUAUUAUACAAAUUUGA